AAGGGGCGGAGCUGUUUUUCUAAAGAUCCCGCGCUGUGCCGAACAUGCAGAGAGUGCGUGAGAAACGCCUGGAGGAAGUAAGAGGCAAUUGCGACUGUUGGAAAAUUCAACACUGCGCUUUCUUUGCUGUGUUUUUAAAAUGUGGGCACGAGCUGUGUUGUGCGCGGUGCUACUAUCUGCGCUGUGUCCAGCGGGGAAGACGGAAGCCGAGAGGGACGAGAGAGAAGUGCAGGACUACCACAACUCCAACAGACUGCUUGGCGCGCUGCAUGAAGUGCUGGAGAGACUGCAAACCAAGAGGAUUAAUCCCUGGGAGAAGAAGUAUGGACAGGUCCCCUCUUGUGAUCUUGGGGAAUACUGUGCCAUCAGGAAAGGAUCUCGGAUUGGGAAGAUGUGCGACUGUCCCCGAGGAGCUUUCUGCAACUUCUUUCUCCUUAAGUGCUUAUGAGCAAAUUAGAUCAUGUCACAAGAGUCUAUUUUAAAUUGUAGAUUUAACCUUUAGAAUGGAAUGAAUCCUUUGUGAAUUUUUAUGUGAAAACAUUUUUGUGCUGCAUUAAAGGUGUUUUAUCUUGCUUUUAAAAA